AUGUCCUCCUCAAUUCCCCAGACUCAAAAAGUUGUAUUAUUCAAUGAUACUGGCGAUUUCGACAAGAUCGAAUACGUUACUGAUUUCCCCACACCAACAAUCGACUCUGGCCAUGAUAUUAUUGUGAAAAACAGCUAUGCCGGUAUAAAUUUCAUUGAAGCUUAUUUCCGUAAAGGUAUUUAUCCCAUUUCGCAAAAACCUUAUGUGUUUGGAAGAGAAGCAAGUGGAGAAGUAGUUGCUAUUGGAUCGAGAGUUUCCAAUUUCAAAGUUGGUGAUAAGAUUGCUUAUUUAUCUCCAUCGACUUUUGCUCAAUAUACCAAGAUUACUGAUGAUAACUUUAAAUAUGUCAAGUUACCUUCGCUGGCAACUGAUAAGGAUUUAGAAGUUUAUGGAUCAAUCUUAUUACAAGGAUUAACGGCAUUGACUUUUGUUCAUGAAGCGUACAAGGUCCAAAAAGGUGAUUUUGUUUUAGUUUGGGCAGCAGCUGGUGGUGUGGGUAAAAUUCUCGUGCAAUUGAUUUCUCAAAUUGGUGCACAUGUAAUUGCUAUUGCUUCAACUGAAGAGAAGUUACAAUUGGCCAAAUCUUAUGGAGCUGAAUAUUUGAUUUAUGCUAACAGUGAAAAUAUUGAUCAACAAGUUAAUGAAAUCACCAAGGGAAAGGGAGUUGCUGCAUCAUUUGACUCGGUAGGUAAAGAUACAUUCUACACCACAUUGAACUCCUUAGCUAGAAAGGGGACAUUUGUUAGUUACGGAAACUCUUCAGGUCCCGUGACACCAUUCCCAUUGGCUUUAUUAUCACCAAAAAACACCAAGAUUUUGAGACCACAAUUGAAUGCGUAUAUUGCUACACCCGAAGAAUGGGAUCAUUAUUCUAGAUGGUUAUUGGAUUUAUAUCAACUGGGAAAAUUGAAAUUUGACAUUUAUAAAGUUUAUGAUUUGAAAGAUUAUAAACAAGCAGCUCAAGAUUUAGAAGGUAGGAAAACCCAUGGUAAAUUGACUUUGAAAAUUCCUCAAGAAUAA